AUGUCGUACUUACACCUGCCGCGGAUGCCGCAUCGACCGACAAAGGACGAACUGCUUGAGGCUGCUAAUGGCUUCUGGCAACGACUCAAGAUUCGUCUAAAAUGGGUGUCAAUCAGAAGUAUGCGGCCAUGGAACAUCGAUGAAUGGGGUGCUUUUGUAUCAUGGUUUCUUUUUGGUCAUCUCGCUUGGAUUAUUGUCGGAACAACAACGUUCUUCUCGCUGAUUAUCUUGUCUAUCAAUACCGUUGUGGCUCAAGAAACACUCGCUCAAUGGGUAGGCGACUAUCUAACCCAAUCCGCCGGCGUCACCGUUGUCUUCGAGUCUGCUAUUGUCCCCAAGUGGCGGGACAAUGUCAUCUCUUUCCGCAACGUGUUUGUCUCCCGACGACCUGGGCAAGGUAAUGUUUCGUCCGUGAGUAAGGGCUCAUCAGAUGCUGCUGCAGAGGCUGCCGCUGGCCGGAAAGCAGAGUCGCCUGAAGUUGAGGAUGACGGCAACUAUACUCAAUUCGAUGUUACACUGUCGACCGUCAACGUCACGCUUUCGUUCUUGAACUGGUGGAAUGGCAAGGGUUUGCUCAAGGACGUUGAGAUCAAGGGCGUUCGCGGUGUCAUUGACAGAACAUCGGUGACCUGGCCGGUCGAAGAGGUCGAUCCCCUAUCGUACCGCCAUAAGCACCAACCUGGAGACUUUGAGAUCGAAAAGUUCAAGAUGGAGGACCUACUACUCACCGUCCAUCAGCCGGGCGGGUUCCGACCAUUCUCUAUCAGCAUCUUCUCUUGCGAGUUGCCUCAGCUGCGAAAGCAGUGGCUCUUCUACGACUUUCUUUCGGCCAACCAUAUGUCAGGGUCUUUCGAUGGCUCAUUGUUCACGAUUCAUCCCCGGCAAGUCCAUGGUGUGGUGCCCAGUGGCAAUGGUGAUCCAGAAGCUUCGGUUGGUUUCGGCGACCCUAAGGCUUGGAAGAAGUUCAGCCGGCUCCGUAUUGAUGGCUUGAGGAUUGAUCACCUCAAUCGUGGCGUAGAGGGACCGUUUGGUUGGAUCUACGAGGGAAACGUUGACAUUGUCGCCGACGUUAUGUUCCCCGCUGACACUGACGAGAGUAUCACCAAGGUCAUGGCCGAUUUCUAUGACCAGCUUGAAGAGAUCGUCGACACAAACAGGCACCGCUUCAUUCGCAAUAUACAAGAGCAGGGGCCCGCUCUCCUUACAUCAGGACAUCUUUCAGACUCAACUGUUGAUGCCGAUGACGAGGAGCCUACCGACGAGCCACAGAUGAGCGAGGACGAGCGACGAUACCUCAUCAUGGAUCUUCGGAUUUCCAUGAAUGACGUCAAGGCCGCUGUGCCUCUCUUCACCAAGGACAUGUCCUAUGUCAACCAGGCGCUGGUUCGGCCUAUCGUUGCCUAUAUUAACGCCAAGAAAACGUAUAUCCCAAUCAACUGCCGUAUUGUGAAGCGGGCUAGCGAUUUUGAUGGCAGCUGGUCCAUCUUUGACUGUGGUCUUAUGAAUGACAUGUCAGCGGAGACAUACGAUGCGUUCGCAAAUGAUGUUGAGAACCAGCAGAGUCGUGUGAGACGGUUCAAGAAGGUCGGCUUUUGGACAUUGUCUGUCGCUGUCCACGCCCUCUUCAUGGGCAUGGCGGGCAACGUGGUGUAA